AUAGCCUAAAAAAGUGAUCUGACUUAUUUGCUCUGAACUUUAGUUUGAUUUAAAAAAUGUGUGAAGAUGCCUAUUGAUAAAACUCAGUUUGUGACUUUGCUGUCUCUGUGUCUCUGCGCCUCUGUGCCACGGAUAAAGGCAAGCGGGGAACGAGAGCAGGCACUGCUCCAUGGCAGCGACGACGGUACCCUGCUCUUUGAGGCGGCUACAGAUCAGAAUAUAACCUUCCGCCUCAUGGGCGAGGCAGCCACACUGCUCCUGAACGACGUGGACAUUGUUGCCCUGCUGCAGCGACGUCGGCGAGCGCAGUCAACUGCCGCACGACGGGAGCCUCUGUCGCUGGACGCGCUGAAGGAACAGUUCCGCAACGUGCAGCGCGAUCUGACGCGCUUGGGCAGAUGGUUGUCCAAUACGCGGAAUGGUACACGUCGCACCGGACCUACGCAGCGUGUGCUACGCCGUGAUAUACAGCGUGUCCAGACAGUUGCGAGCAUCCUGAUGACUCUCGAGGCGAAUCUGCUUAAGGAUGACUGCGAGUCGAGUCCCUGCAAGAAUGGCGGCACCUGCUACGACGCCUACAAGGCCUUCUACUGCAGUUGCGCCACAGGCUGGCAAGGCGCGACCUGCGAGGAUGAUGUGAACGAGUGCUUUAGGUUUGCCGGCACUGACUUGGCUGUGUGCCAGAAUGACGCGCAGUGCAUCAAUACGCCGGGCAGCUAUCGCUGCCUUUGUCGCAAUGGCUUCUCUGGAGCUCAUUGUCGUCUGCGCCAACACGCCUGCCUGAGCAAUCAGUCAGCGGAGCUGUGCGGCAGCCAUGGCACCUGCUUGCCGUCCAACAACGCGGCUGGUUAUGUGUGCAUCUGUGAUCCGGGCUGGACCUGGGCGGAUACGAACGUCAGCAUAGCAAGCACCAGUCCCUGUACACGUGACGUGAAUGAAUGUGCGCCAGAUGUGAAUCCCUGUCACGAUGAGUGCAUCAAUUUGCCGGGCAGCUUUCGCUGUGGCGCCUGUCCGCCCGGCUAUACAGGUGAUGGCAGGCACUGCCAAGAUCUUAACGAGUGCGAGGAUGGCAACAAUGGGGGCUGCAGUCAACGCCCUUUGGUCAACUGCAUCAAUACGGAAGGUUCCUUUCGAUGCGGCCGGUGUCCGCCUGGCUGGACGGGCGAUGGUCGGGUCUGCAGUGAGGCCAAGUCCAACUCGUGCAACGGCGAGUCCAUUUGCCAUUCAAGUGCCGAGUGUGAGUACAUUUCCGGAGCAGUCGUUUGCAGUUGCCCUGCCGGAUUCUUUGGCCAUGGCUACGGAGCUGAUGGCUGCACUGAGGACUCCAGCCGGAGGCCCUGCGAUGAUCAUCGCUGCCUGAACAAUGGCACCUGUGUUCUCAGUGGACGCGGCACCAGCUGCAUAUGUCAACCGGGCUACACGGGCGCCUUGUGCGCCGAGGCUGAUGCCUGCCAUCCGAAUCCCUGCGAGAACAACGGCAUCUGCCGUCUGCUGCCAAACAAUAGGUAUCGGUGCGUGUGCCCGUCCGGCUUCACGGGCAGCACUUGCUCCCAUGUGCGCAGCUACUGUGGCGUCGUCUUACGCAACGAGACGGGUCGCCUGCAGUUGCCGCCCGGCAGCACUGGCUAUCAGCCCAAUGAGCGCUGCGCCUUCAUCAUCCGCACGCGCCCCGGCCUCGUGCUGAACGUGACCUUUGGCAUGUUCGAUCUGCAGCAGACGCCAGCUGACUGCAGCGCCGACUUUCUGCAGCUGCACGAUGGCAGCUCGUUGACCGCCAGGCAAAUCGGACGGUUCUGUGGCACUCAGCUGCCUUUGGGCAACGGCCAGGUGGUGUCCACCCAGGAGCAGCUGUUCUUCUGGUUCCGCUCGGACAAUGAGACACAGGGGCGAGGCUUUAAUCUGACUUGGCAUUCACAGCCGUUGCGGUGCGGCGGUUCCUUAAGCCUGGCUCUGGGCGACAGUGGCGUCUUGCGCUCGCCCAGCUAUCCGGGCAAAGCGCGCCCCGGCCUAAGCUGCCGUUGGGUCUUGAGAGCGCCGUUUGGCAAUCGGGUGAUCCUGCGCUUCUAUGAAAUUACUUUGGGCAACGGUGUAGAUAACAGGCAAUGGUCGACCAACUGCAGCAACGGGGAUUCACUUGGAGUUUGGGAGUCGGACCGACUGCUUUACAUGGCCUGCCAGUCGGAACAGCCGGCGCCCUUGCACAGCUCUUCGAAUCUAUUGCACAUUCUGCUUCACACGGACCUGAAUCGCGCGGACAGCUCGUUCCAGCUGCACUACGAGGUUGUACCGGGCCAUCCGGGCUGUGGUGGCGUCUUCAGCGAACCGAGCGGCGUUGUUAUCGGCCACAUGAACGCCAAGCUCUGUUUGUAUCUCAUUGAACAACCGAUUGGAACGCAGAUCGAGCUGAACUUCCUGCGGGUUAAGCUAUUGCAUGACUGCUCCCUCCAGAAGCUGGAGAUUUUCGACGGACGCACUGAUGAGGAGCCGCUACUGCGUCGCUAUUGCGGAGAGCCAGAGCAGGAUGAGCUGCAGCCCGUUACGUCUAAGAGCAAUGUGAUCCUACUGCGCUAUGAGUAUGCUCUGUCCGGCAUUGAGUUGAGCAAAAGCUUUGAGCUGCGCUACACGCGAGUUUGCAGUGGCACAUAUACGGACAGAGCUGCAGAAGGUGGAGUUAUAACUAGUCCCAACUAUCCGAAUUACUACUUGGAGCAACUGAACUGCACCUACCAAAUACGUGGAAGAGCAAGUACCCUUUUGCGCAUUAACAUCACGGAUCUAUCGUUUAGUGAAGCAGAGCCUGAGGAUCAGCCCAGCUACCUGGAUGUGUAUCUGUCCCUAAACUCGAGUGAGAAGCAACGCUUGCUCAAAAAUCUGACGAACACCUUGCUGAUCUCAGAGAACAAUCAAGCUCGCUUGGUCUUCCACGGUGCCAGCAAUCCGCAGCACGCUCGUGGCUUUCGUAUCGAAUACAGCUUUAUCCCGGCACAAUAUGGCGGAGUAUUAAUCCGGGGAGCUUCUGAUAUUUAUGUUGGCAGAGACUUCUGCCAGUGGAUCAUUGAGGAACCAGGCCAGAAGCACUUGGAAAUCAUUUUGCGAAGCUCUUAUCUGCAAUAUGUCAAAAUAAAUAUAUACGACAACAGCACAGGCGCCGAAGGCAGACUGUUAAACAGUUACCAAAGCCACGCACAUCUCACUGACAGUAUCAGUGAAUACUUCGACUCGAACCUGGUAACAGUUACUGCUGAAAGCGCUUCUAUGUUGUAUAUAAUGACAAUCACAUAUGAACUGGCCAACCAAGAGUGCGGCAUCACUUCUACAGCUCGAUUUGGAACCAUCAAAUCUCCGAACUGGCCCGCAAAGUAUGCCUCAUACUCAAAUUGUACUUGGCUAAUCAAGGCGCCGCUCGGCAAUCGCAUUGAGUUGAUUGUUCACAACUUUACGCUGGAAACCACAUCCGAGAGGUGUACAGAUGACUAUCUGGAGAUAAGGAAUGGUGAUCAGCCUACGUCCCCGCUCAUUGGGCUCUACUGUGGCAACCGCAUACCACCGCGUGUACCGUCAUACGGCAAUGCGUUGUGGUUGCACUUUCACUCGGACAACUAUGGCGAGGAGACUGGCUUCCAUAUCACUUGGCAGCAGUUGGCUACGGGCUGUGGCGGCAAGCUCAGCUCGCCCACGGGUGCCAUCCACUCGCCGCACAGCAUAGAGAACAACCGUGGGGCAGUGUGCUGCGACUGGCAGAUCAGUGUGGCUCAGGGCUCCACUGUGCAGCUGUCUCUGCAGAGCCAGGACCCCGGUCUGUGCAAUGGCCAGUUGACUAUUUUUGAUGGACCCAGCACGCGCAGCAAGCCAAUCUCUUGGAGUUGCCGAAACGAAGGUCGGCGGCUGCUAUUAAACUCCAGCAGCAAUCACGUCGUGGUUCGCUAUAAUGUUGAUAAGGAGACGCCGGAAGGCAUUGACUUUGUAUUGGACUACUCAACCAACUGUCGUGUGCGGCUGGAAGAGAUGCGAGGCGCCAUCGAAACACCCAAUUUUCCGGACAGCUAUCCGGCCAACGCGAACUGCGAGUGGGACAUACGUGGCGGCGCACGAAACAAUCGCAUCCAACUGUCCUUCUCCCACUUGACCGUUGAGCAGUUUGGUCCAACUAGUUGCGACUUUGACUAUGUGUCGCUGAGCGACUAUCGCGACGAGCAACUCAUCAGCGAGCGUCGCCUGUGCAACGCCAAAGAUUUUGACUUCACCAGCGUGGGUAAUCGCGUGCUGAUCCGCUUCAGUAGCGACAGCUCGACGGAGGCGCAGGGAUUUCAUGCUGAAUACAAGCGCCUUGGCUGCGGCGAGGAGCUUCAAGGAAUGGCGGGCUCCUUCGAAACACCCAAUGCCCCCUACAGCGUGGAUGUCGACUGCGAGUGGCUGAUCACAGUGCCCGAGGGCAAUCAAAUACGUCUGCUCCUCAAGGAAGUGCACAUUGAGACGUCGCAGCGCGACUGCAGUGACGACCUGCUCUCAGUCCUCGCUGACAGCAACUCAUCGCACCUACUCUACAGCAGCUGCCACGUCGAGUCCGCCGUGCAAACGCUCAUUUCACCUGCCAACGAGCUGCGGGUGCGCUUCCAUAGCAGUGCCCAACGUUCCCGCAAAUACAUGAAAGCCAGCUAUGUCAUGUUCAAGGCUGCCUGCGGCGGCUACGUGAGCACCUCUAAUGGAGUAAUAACAUCGCCCAACUUCCAAGGGCAAGGCAACGACAUCUCUGACGAGAAUUUCGAGUGCGUAUGGCGCUUAGAGGCAACUGACACCUAUGGCUUCUUGUUAAUGUUUGAUGCGUUCAACUUGACCGAGUCGGCCAACUGCAGUGUCGCCAGCUUGGAGCUGUCGCACUUAAGCGACGCCAAUGGCGGCAAGGAACAGUUGAUAAAGCGAGCCUGUGGCGAAGCGUUUCCCAGCACGAAAGUGGUGCAAAAUCAUUUGCGCUUGCACCUCAGGGUGUCAGCCGGCUUUUGGGGCAAGUUCUCGCUGCACUUUGAGCAGGUGUGCGGCGGAACGCGGACAGAGGGCGAGGGCUAUCUGCGCUCCCGUUUGGAUGAGACGUGUUACUGGACCAUCAUUGCCCCGGAGGGCACCAAGAUCAGUCUGAGCAUACACCAGCUGGAGUGUCAAGGCUGCACGGCAUCAGCUGGCAAUUGCACGACAGGCUUGCGCGUGCUGAAUGCCCUCGACGAUGUGGUGUACUUCGAUCUUUGUGAGGAGCAUCCUGCCCAGCUAUUGCUGCCAACCAACAGGCUGGCCAUCCAGGCGAGCGGCGUAGCCCUCAUGGCGCACUACUCCACCAUUGAGAACUCCUGCGGCGGCAAUAUAACUUCCGUGCGUGGCACCCUCAGCUCGCCCAACUAUCCGAACAGCUAUCCGGCGAAUGUGGAGUGCGUCUGGCUGCUGGAAACGCGCGAUGGCAAUGCCAUGGAGCUAACAUUCGAGGCAAUGGACAUUGUCAAAUCGGAUCACUGCAAUACGGACUUUCUGGAGCUGCGUGCUGGGCUGCUGGGACCUUUGCUUGGCCUCUACUGUGACAACGAGUUGCCCACCGAGCCGCUUUUAGUCAAAUCCAAGCUGUGGAUCAAGUUUCGCAGUCAGGCUGGCAGCAGCGCCAGUGGCUUCAAGCUGCGCUGGAGCUAUGUGCACGACAACGAGCUAACGGAAGGCACAAAUGGCACCAUCGAAUCGCCCUCAAAGUUGGCCAUACAAAGCGACGAUCAGCCCUACACCUGGCGCAUCUUCACAGAGCGCGAGCGCGUGGUGAUCCUGAACUUCAGGGAAUACAACACUGGGCUCCUGCUGUUCGAUGGCUACGAUGACACUGCGCUGCCCAUUGGCAUAGGGAUCUCGCCCUGGCAGUUCACCUCGAGCAGUAACGUGAUCUAUCUUAGGACUGUGAAUACGAAUUUCGAUCAUUUUCGAGUGCAGUGGCGCGUACAGCGCAGUGAGGAGCUCAAGUCGAAUGUCACUCUAAAGAGCGACAUGUGCAAUGAGGAGUAUACGUUGGACAAUGCCCAGGUUAGGCUCAAUUCGCCCGGCUAUCCGGGCUACAAGCCGAACUUGCGCUGCGAGUGGACCUUCUCUACGAAAGAUCCAACCAAGCACGCCUAUGUGGAUCUGUUUGAAGCGCAGCUGGAGGCCACAGGUGACUGCCAAUUCGACUAUUUGAGCAUACAAACCUCGAGCAAUAUGAUCGACUGGCCGGAACAGCUGCGCAUCUGCAACAGCAGCGCGUAUAAUGGACGUCGGAUAAGCCGUGUGCACGGCACCCCGAACAUCAGGCUGCAAUUUGUCACGGACCCAACGAUCAACGGCACCGGGUUCAGGUCGCUCGUGAACACAGAAUGCGGCUCCAAUAUGACGGGCUCCGUGGGCACCAUCUUGAACUCCUACUCGCAAAGGCUGCAGAGCACCAAUGACGUCGGCUGUGAGUGGCACAUUGAAGUGCGCCGCGGCCGAGUGAUUGAGAUCUCGAUUGAAUACAAUGAAACUGCACUGAACACCACCUGCCUGCACUACGGCAUCAUCUAUGAUGGCCUAGACGCAUAUGCCCCACAGUUGGCGCCGGGUAAGUUUUGCAAUCAGUUGGGCUACAAUACGGUGCGCAGCUAUCGCACCAGCGGACCGCAUGCCUACGUUCGAUAUGUGUAUCCGUCGACGAAGCUCAGCCUGCGAUCUGUGGAGCGUAGUUGGAAUCUAACGUACCGGGAGUUCAAUGAAUGCGAUGAAGAAGUUCGUCUCACCCACUUUGCAAGCAGCUACAACAUUAGCUCUCCCGGCUACCCCUACUAUCCGCAUCCUCACGCCGACUGCACCUGGGUGGUCAUUGCUCCGCCAGGCGAGACCAUAGCAGCCAGUUUCGUGGACCGCUUUGACCUGAGCCAGCGCAACUGCGACAAGGAAUUCAUUGAGCUCUACGAUGGCAGCACAACGCUAGCUCGACAGCUGCUGCGCACCUGCCGACGCACUGGCACCACGUACAGCUCUGGCAAUCUCCUACUGGUGCACUACCAGACGCAGCUGGAUCAGCCGUGGGGCGGUUUCCGGUUGAACGUUUCGCUUAGCAGCUGCGGCGGCCAGUUCACCUCGCAGAGCGGCGUCAUCGAAUCGAAUCACUAUCCUGCACUGGGCGCCUAUCCCAAGCCAGCUGUAUGCGAGUACAGCAUACACACGCUAACGAGUACGCACAUUGAAUUGAACUUCACUGAUCUGCAUUUGCCGUUUGUUGCGACGACCGACGCCGAGUCGCUCGACCGCAUUGAAAUUUUGGAUCUCAGCGAUCAGCGACGCAUCGUCAAAACACUAUUUGGCAAUCAGAGCGUUCCUCUUCCAAUUCCACUUACCACUAAUCAGGUGGCACUGCGUUUCGUCACGAAGCAGCUGAAUAACACGUACCGGGGCUUCAGGCUCGAAUACAAGUCCUUUCUGGGAACGUGCCAGCAGAAGGUGAAUGCGGCCAGUGGCGAAUUGGAGCUGAAGAAACCUGUGAGGCCGAACUACAUUCGAUUUUGUUCUUGGCGUGUGACAGUGCCCAAGGGACAGCGGGUGCGUCUCGAGUUUCUCAAUCUGGCUGACUUCAGGAACAUGACUUCGACAUUAAUGGCAAGGAAGCCCUUUAGCUUUUACAACGAUCCAAUCUAUUUGUCCAAAAUAACUGAGUUCCAUCCAAAAGAUUACGAUGGCAACGGCAUUAUUAGAUCCACGGAAAACUUUAUGAUGGUUCGCAUGAAGAUCACGCAGCAAACGGUCACACUGCGAGCGCGCUUUAGCUCCAGUGAAGCCUCGCCCUGUCCAGACGACAUUGGCAGCCGGGCCAGCGGCACCAUAUCUAACGAGCAGCUGAUAAGCCUGCCCAGCUAUUACUGCACAGUUAGCUUUGUUAACGAUCCUGGCACCACGAUCAGCUUUACGGUGCAGCAGUAUCGCCGUGCGAGCCGAGGCCUGCAAGCGACUGUUCAGCUGUGUGAUGAUGUCUCUAACAUAAGAAUGAAUUUGAUCUUAGAGAAUGUUACCUAUUCGAUGGCCACCACAGCCGGUCACUUGACGCUAAGCAAACCGAUGGAGAUCGAUGCUACGCAUUUCCGGGCCACAUACCGGCGAUACGCCUGCGGCGGAGAUCUGGAGCUGGCGGAGGGCAGCAUAAUCGAGCUACCUCAAUUGGGUGAGCACUUCGGCCAGCUGGAGUGCUCAUGGACACUGCACAAUAGUGACGGAUACGAACUAAAUGGCAACUUCAGCUUCAGCGAUAGCUGCGAACGCGAAUACCUCCUGAUAUCUGAUCAUAAGAUCUGUGGCAAUGUAGCGAAGCUGAACACCACACUACUGAACGCGCCACAGAUCUUGCUGCGCUACCAUGCCACUGCGUAUCAGGCUGGCAACAGUCAGUUUCAGCUGCAGGCCAGCAAGCCCAAGUUCCUUGGGGGCUGGGGCAAUGUAAUAAAGGUCUGGCGGCAGCCAACUCCGCCCAUCAGCAUUGAUGCUCAGAGCUAUAGGAAUAACAUGGAGCUCAGCUGGGAGUUUCGUGCAGCAGGUCAACUGUCACUGGUGCUGCACUUUCAGGGCAGAUUCUUCAUUGAAACGGCGCCCAAUUGCAGCCACGACUACCUGGAGGUGCUCGCAUUCCGUCAAGGCAUGUGGCAGCCCAUAGCCAAGUACUGCGGUCGACAGAUGCCCGAUCCGCUCUUCGUUGAGGCCAACAGCAUGCGAAUUGUGUUUCGCACCGAUGACAAGGUCACAGGCGAUGGCUUCACCUUUGUCGUCGCGCCCAGCUGCGACACGAAACUGGUCGCCAGCACAGAGCUGCAAACGUUGAGAUUUAUCACGCUUAGUCUCAUGCCAGACAAACAGUGCAACAUUGAGGUAACGACAGACACCGAACAUCAGCUGCUGGUCAGCGUGGUUAAAAAAUCUUCAUUGCGUUCCGCUGCGCAACUCUGUCGCCUGGCUGACUUCGAGGCCUAUCGCCAUGAUGGCGUGCACGAGCAGGAGCAGGCGCUUGGUAGGCAGUGUCCCAACUUCGAGGUGACUGGCUAUAAGAAAGUACGUAUUAUGUACACGCCCACGCCGGUAGUAAGUAUUUCGUUGGAGCUGCAAUACCAGCUGCUUGGCUGUGGCGGCAGCCACAGGGCACCCUUUACGCUGCGUCCGCCAGUGGGCAAUAUGCGCGGGCAGAGCUGUGAGUGGCAUGUGUUGGCGCCAGCGCAGCAUGCGAUCCUUAUACACUUUAAGUCCAUGGAAAUUGAGAGCAGCUAUCUCUGCCAGCAAAGCCAUGUGAGCAUCUAUCGAGGCAAUGCGGUGAGUGAGGAGCAGAGCCUUGGCCGCUUCUGCGGCAAUCUAAGCAAUCCCAGUGUUAUGGUGGACAGCAACGAGGCAACCAUUGUAUCCAAGUUGUUUGACUAUCGCCAGCCCAGCGGGCACGACUUCUUAGCCAGCGUUCACUUCACGCCCAACUGCAAUGAGCAUCUGGCCUUGGACGAGGGCAACACACGGAUGAGUCUGGUGCGCCACUACCAGCUGAAUGACACCAAUGGCUCCGACGAUUUGCAGUGCUUCUUCCGGGCCAGUGCAGUGCCCGGCUAUCGGCUCUCAGUGUGGCUAAAGCAGUUGCAGCUAAACGCGAAUCGCUGCAGUCGAGAUAGCUGCAACACUCUGGAGGUGAUCGAUGGCUUCGAUAGGGACAGCACCAGCCUGGGCAUCUACUCAGCCGUCGUCGGCAACGGCACCAAGCUCUUCAGCUCGACCACGGACCUGCUCAUUAAGCUGAGCGGAACGGUGGCUCAGCAGAAUGGAAUCAGCUUCGAGCUCAUCCUGCAAAUGGAGGCCACUGUCUGCGGUCAGUUCAAGCAAAACCUGUUCUCAAAUGAGACCGUGAAUAUUCGCAUGAGUAACAGCAACCAAACCAGCGUGGGAGGCAGCAUUCACUGUGUGUGGGAGUUCAAAACGUAUUCUCCGUUCGAAGUUGAACUGAAAUCGGUGCAGCUACAGGAUGUGUCCCAGGUGACAGGCAAAUGCAUCGAUUACCUGUACAUUUCCAUAGAAAAUGAGAACGACAAACAUUAUUGCGGCCAAUUCCAUAAUACCUCUGUGGGAAUCGGAAAUAAUACCAAGUUCACGUUGACAUUCCACAGCAGCAGACAAGAAGAAUUGGACGCGAUUGAUAUAUCUAUUCAUAAAAAACCAAAUUGCAAUCACACUUACAACGCCCUGAGCGGCAUGAUUAAUUAUUAUACAUUUGAUGAAGUGGAGCUAGAGAAUUGUACCAACGAUAUACGGGUCCCAGAUAAAUAUUACUUGACAUUCGUAAUAAUGUUCAUCAGUCUUGAGCACACAUCCAGCCCUGCUAUGUUCAAUAUAACGGAUCUUCGGACAAAUCGUUCGAUCUAUAAUUUACCAGAUAGCGUCUAUAACGCAUACAUUCAUAGCCAAUCAAAUGCGAUACGUUUAUCGGGCUCGGGUGUGAGCUAUCUGCAGAUUUCAUAUUACUCCGCGGAUAGCAAGCUUCUCCCGGGCUGUGGUGGCGAGUUAAACACUCUAGAAGGCCAAUUCACGAAUCCUGACUACAAUAAUCGCAACUAUUCGGACUGCAGCUGGCACAUAUCCGUGCCGGGGGGCAGAACUCUGCAAUUCUCUUUCAAAACGUUCGACAUGGGCUCUGAGGCCAACUGCCAGCUGGAUAACAUCAAGGUUUACGAGGUGCUGCCCGACUUCAGCGAGAAAUUGCAUCACACUUUCUGUGGUCAAGUGGAACCGGCCGCAUUCUUGGUGAAGUUCAAUAAAAUAAGAGUCGUGGCCAAAAAAUCGCCCAACUUUGAUGGAAUUGGAUUUCAAUUGUACUACAACGUUGAAUAAUUCCA